AUGUCUCAUCUCGAAAACUACGGCCCAGAGGUGCAAAGGGUAUCUGCAGAUACACCCGUUGAAGACAUCAUCGCCCUGCUCAAGCGUGAUGGCGGGGUCUUUCUCAAGAGCCUCAUACCCGAAUCCGAAGUUGACAGAGCCUACGACGAAUGCCGUGAGCGCCUUGACUCUGACGUUGAAUGGUCAGGCGACUUCUUCCCUAAGGAGACGCAACGUGCGCCAAGUCUCUUGGGUCUCAGCCCUACAUAUGCCAGAACCCAAGUCAUGAACCCUGUUUACCAGCAAGUUGUCGAUCACUUCCUUACCACCCGCAGUUGGUUCUGGUGGGGCGAUGAGAAGAAAGAGUCUGUUUCCAAACCGUAUGUGCAUUCUUGUGCGGCGAUGAGGAUUGGACCUGGUGGGAAAGCACAGCCGCUUCAUCGUGAUGACUAUAUCAGUCAUAAUAUCCAUACCGACAUUAAGAAGUGGGAUGAUGAGCGCGAUGCUAACCGUGAAUCUGCGGUGGGAUUGUUCGUUGCUGGGUCCAAAGUAACGAAGGAAAACGGUGGCACCCAAUUUAUACCGGGCAGCCAUUUAUGGGGUUCCGAGCGUGGUCCACCCCAAGUUGAAGACUGUAUUUUUGCAGAGAUGGACAAAGGCGACGCCUUCAUUAUGCUUGCAUCUGCUUACCACGGGGGCGGCACCAAUUCCACCAAAGACGAACAACGAAUGAUGUUUGCAACAUUUUCAAUCCGUGGUUAUCUACGACAAGAAGAGAAUCAAUUCCUUGCUGUUCCUCGAGAUACAGCUAAGAAACUUGAUCAGGAUAUUCAGGCGUUUAUGGGCUAUUCCAUGAGUGAUCCUGCAUGUGGUUAUGUAGAGCAGAUGGAUCCGAUUUAUCUACUACGGCCAGAGCUUGAGAAGGGACCCUCGGACUUUUGA